CUAUAAUACACAUUACUAUUAUUAUCACUUAAAACUUACAAGUGACUUACAAGUGAUAAUAACAGACUAGAAAUAUCACUUUGUUUUGGGAAACUUACAAAAAAUAUCACUUCUUUAAUAAGGCUAGAAAGAGAAAGACUCUACUAGACCAUUCGUAGUGAUUGGAUAUUAGGAGUCCAAAAUUUAAAAAUUAUUGAAAUAUAUUGAAUUAGUGAUCUUCCCACUAUUCCUGAUUAGGAAUACUUAUCACCAUUGUAUAAAUAAUUAGGAAAUCAUAAUUAUGAUUCUAGAUGAUAAUUGUGUGGUUCACAAUUAUCCUCUAAUCCUAAUAAGCUUAGCUUUUCUCCUAUAAAUAGGAGUCUUCUCCAUUGUAAUCAACACACCUUCAUUACACCAUUAUCACACUCUCUAAUACACCUCUAUCACUAAGUGUUCUACUAUACUUUCUCUCCCUGAUCUUCUGCUCAUUUCCUUCCAUAUUAUAACACGUUAUCAGCACGAAUUUGCUCCAAAUCCCUGAUAUCAUCAUCUUCCCAGCAGUAGAUUAUGGCACACAUUAGCAAAAGAGAGUUUGACGUCCUUGAUUUAUCUGGCCAAAAAUAUUUGGAAUGGAAAGUCGACGCUUUGGCACAUUUAAAAGCAAAUGCCCUCGAAAACACAAUUGCUGAAAAUAAUUCAGCUACUCCCCAAAAUAAGGCAAAAGCCAUUAUCUUUCUUCGUCACCAUCUUCAUGAAAGUUUGAAGUCUGAGUAUUUAUUGGUAGAUGACCCUAAAGAAUUAUGGGAUAAUCUCCAAGAAAGGUAUGGCCAUCAACAAAAGGUCCUUUUACCAAAAGCUCAAUAUGACUGGAUCAAUUUACGAUUCCAGGAUUACAAAUCUAUAAGUGACUACAAUUCUGCCUUGUUCCAAAUAACAUCAAAAUUGAAGUUAUGCGGACAAAAAGUCACUGAUGCCGAAAUGUUGGAAAAAACUCUAUCCACUAUGCAUCUUUCAAAUAUGCUUUUACAAGAGCAAUAUAGACAAAAGCACUUUCAAAAGUAUUCUGAUUUAAUAUCAGUAUUACUACUUGCUGAGACGAAUAAUGACAUUUUGAUGAGAAACCACAAUAUGAGACCCACGGGUUGUAGCCCUUUUAGUUUUGGUCCACAAAAUCAUGGUUCAAAACAUGAAUCAAAUGCAACCCAUAGUGGUGCUCGUGGACAUUUCAAACGUGGUCGUGGUAUUGGUCGUUAUAAUGGACCUAGCCGGGGAAACAAACAGAGUAGUAGCUCUUACAAAGGCAAGGGAAAGCAAAACCCCCAUCAAACAAGAGGCCCGACGAAAUCUUCAGAAAAGGCUAAAGUCACUUGUUUUAAAUGUGGCUUGUCAGGACAUUGGGCAAAUAAGUGUCGCACACCUACACAUUUGGUUGACUUAUAUAAAUCAUCUCUAAAAGGAAAGAAUGUGGAAACUAAUUACGUCAACGAAAACGUUCCACCAAUGCCCACAUUUAAUAUGUCUGAUUUCUAUAUGGAUAAUAAUGAGAUGAACACUGACAUCGUCAUGGGUGAAAAAUAAUAAUAAUAAAAAUGAAAUUAUUCUGUUAUGUAAUAUAUUCUACAAUAAAAGUUUGUUGUAUUGUAAUUAUUAUUUGAUAUGCUUGUUUCGGUUGUAAAAGUUAUGUACAUUUUAAUGAAUAAAUUCUUGUUUAUAUUGCAAUAUUGAACUAAUAUUUGUUCAUUUUUAUCUUUUUAAAGAUAUGGAGUUAACUGAAAUUUCUCCAAAUGGCUUUGAACAAUGUUUAAUAGACAGUGCCACAACGCACACCAUUUUGAGACAUAGAGAUUAUUUUUCUCAUAUGACAUUAGUUGAUGCUAAUGUCAAUACAAUCUCAGGUGUUGCUAAACUCAUUGAAGGUUCUGGAAUAGCCUGUGUAAUUCUCCCAAAAGGGACAAAAUUAAUAAUUAAAGACGCUUUAUACUCCAGUAAAUCACGGAGAAAUCUUUUGAGUUUCAAAGAUAUGCGUCUAAAUGGUUUUCACAUUGAAACCAUGUCUGAAAAUCAAAAGGAAUAUUUAUGUCUAACGACAAAUAGAUCUGGCAAUAAAUACAUUUCAGAAAAAAUGCCAGCAUAUUCCUCCGGACUAUAUUAUACAUAUAUCAGUCCAAUUGAGAUAAAUGUGGUAUCUAAAAUUAAUGACCACAAUUCCUUUAUCUUGUGGCAUGACCGUUUAGGUCAUCCAGGCAGCACUAUGAUGCACAAAAUUAUUCAAAAUUCACUUGGACAUUCAUUAAAUAAUGUCAAAAUUCCACAAUCAAGUGAUUUCUCAUGCACAGCCUGUUCUCUUGGCAAAUUAAUUAUCAGGCCAUCUUUAUACAAAAUUGGAGUUGAAUCUCCUGCAUUUUUAGAAAGAAUUCAAGGAGAUAUUUGUGGGCCAAUUGCCCCUCCGUGUGGACCCUUUCGAUACUUUAUGGUGCUCAUUGAUGCAUCAACACGUUGGUCACACGUCAGUCUUUUAUCGACUAGAAAUUUUGCAUUUGCAAAUCUCCUUGCUCAAAUUAUUCGUUUGAGAUCACAAUUUCCGGAUUUUUCAAUAAAGAAAAUCCGACUUGAUAAUGCAGGGGAAUUUACAUCCCAAUCUUUUAAUGACUAUUGCAUGUCAAUUGGGAUUGAUGUGGAACAUCCAGUUCCACAUGUGCAUACACAAAAUGGUCUUGCUGAAUCCUUAAUUAAGCGAUUACAAUUAAUUGCUAGACCAUUAUUGAUGAAAUCCAGAUUACCAUCAUCUGCAUGGGGAUAUGCUAUAAUGCAUGUUGCAAAUUUAAUUAGGCUCAGGCCAACUGCAUAUCAUAAAUUUUCCCCAUUGCAAUUAAUAUCUGGUAAAGAACCAAAUAUAUCACACAUAAAAAUAUUUGGUUGUUCUGUGUAUGUACCAAUUGCUCCACCUUAUCGUACUAAAAUGGGUCCUCAAAGAAGGUUGGGAAUUUAUGUUGGUUUCAAAUCUCCCUCAAUUAUUAAUUAUCUAGAACCUAUGACUGGUGACUUAUUCACCGCACGGUUCGAUGACUGUCAUUUUGAUGAAACAGUAUUCCCAGCCUUAGGGGGAGAUAAUAAAGAAAUGGACCCACGUACGGAAGAUAUUACUUGGAAUGCAACAGGUUUAUCUUUUCUUGAUUCUCGCACAAAUGCUUGUGAACAAGAAAUUCAAAAGAUCAUUCAUUUACAAAGUGUUGCAAACCAAUUGCCUGAUGCUUUCACAGACUCAAAGAAAGUGACGAAGUCACAUAUUCCAGCUAUGAAUACUCCUUCUCGAAUAGAAAUUCCUGCGGAGAUUAGCGAAAGAACUCUUGCUAAUGAAUCUAUGAUACGUAAAACACGUGGUAGACCACUUGGUUCAAGAGAUUUGAAACCAAGAAAAUUGAAAAAGCAAGAUGUAGUUUGUGAUGCCAAAGAAGUUCAACCUUCUCAAGAAGAAAAUGAACAUUAUGAUAAUAUUGGCAUUGAAGAUAACAUCAAUAAUAAGGAUACCUCAAAAGAGGAUCCAAUCACCUUUGAAGAGGUAAAUAUUCCAGAUACAGAUAGAAACGUUGAUAAUUUUGAAAUUUCAAUCAAUUACGUUUCUAAUGGAAUGCAAUGGAAUAGAAAAAAUAUUGAUGUUAACGAUAUAUUUUCAUAUGCCAUCGCCACAGAUAUAAUGAAUGAACACGAUGACAAUGAGCCUAAAUCUAUUGACGAAUGUCGCCGUAGAAACGAUUGGCCAAAAUGGAAUGAAGCAAUUCAGGUAGAACUAAAAUCGCUAGAAAAGCGUAAUGUUUUUGGACCAAUUGUCCACACGCCAAAAGGCGUAAAACCUGUAGGUUUUAAAUGGGUGUUUGUGCGUAAACGCAAUGAGAAAAAUGAAAUCGUUAGAUAUAAAGCCCGACUUGUUGCCCAAGGUUUUUCUCAAAUGCCAGGAAUCGAUUAUGAUGAGACGUAUUCUCCAGUAGUUGAUGCUGCUACUUUACGAUUUUUAAUUGACAUGUCUGUUUUUGAAAGGCUGCAAAUGCGGUUAAUGGAUGUAGUGACCGCAUAUUUAUAUGGUUCACUCGAUACAGAUAUAUAUAUGAGAAUUCCUGGAGGCUUUAAAAUACCUGAUGCUUAUAGCUCGAAAUCUCGAGAUUUAUUUUCCAUAAAAUUGCAAAAGUCAUUAUAUGGAUUAAAACAAUCUGGACGCAUGUGGUAUAACCGUCUAAGUGAAUAUUUGAUUAAAGAAGGAUACAAAAAUGAUCCUAUCAGUCCAUGUGUUUUCAUUCAGCGAUCUGAAUCAGGAUUCGCCAUAAUUGCAGUAUAUGUUGAUGAUUUGAAUAUAAUCGGAACUUCCAAUGAAAUUGAAAAUACUGCUAAAUAUCUCAUGAAAGAAUUUGAAAUGAAAGACCUUGGGAGAACAAAAUUUUGUCUCGGCAUUCAAAUUGAACAUUUGAGAAAUGGUAUUUUUAUCCACCAAUCAAAUUAUACCGAGAAACUUUUGAAGCGGUUUUACAUGGAAAAAGCUCACCCACUCAAUUCCCCGAUGGUGGUUCGAUCUCUCAAUGUGCAUGAUGAUCCUUUUCGACCUUGUGAAGAUGAUGAAGAAAUCCUUGGUCCCGAAAUACCAUAUUUGAGUGCUAUUGGAGCGUUAAUGUAUUUGGCUAAUAAUACACGACCAGAUAUUGCUUUUUCUGUAAAUUUAUUAGCCAGGUACAGUUCUUCUCCGACAAGAAGACAUUGGAAUGGCGUCAAACAUAUAUUCCGCUAUCUCAAUGGUACAAUCGAUCUUGGAUUGUAUUUCAAAAAUGGUGCAAAUGCCACUUUAAUUGGCUAUGCCGAUGCAGGAUACUUGUCUGACCCACAAAAGGCAAAAUCACAAACAUGAUAUGUAUUCACCUAUGGUGAUACCGCUAUCUCAUGGAGAUCAAUGAAGCAAACAUUAACUGUCACAUCAUCAAAUCAUGCAGAAUUAAUUGCUCUUUAUGAAGCAGGUCGAGAAUGUGUCUGGUUGAGAUCAAUGAUCCAGCACAUACAUACAAAAUGAAUGUGGUAUAAAAUCUUUUACUUGUAAUCCUACUGUGAUUUAUGAAGAUAACACAGCAUGUAUAGUUCAGAUCAAAGGAGGUUACAUCAAAGGGGAUAGAACAAAGCAUAUAGCACCAAAACUUUUCUCCACACAUGAUCUUGAGAAAGAAGGAACAGUUGACGUCAAACAAAUCAAGUCCUGCGACAACCCUGCUGAUUUAUUCACAAAGUCAUUAGCACCGAAGAAAUUUGAAGAACUGGUCCACAAAAUUGGAAUGUGUCGUCUUCGAGAUAUAUGUUAAAUUGAGGGGGAGUAAUAUAAUGCACUGCACUCUUUUUCCCUUCGCCAGGAUUUUAUCCCACUGGGUUUUUCCUGACAAAGGUUUUUAACGAGACAGUACAUUAUAAUACUAUGAUACUAAUACCCUAGAAUAAUUAGAAAAUGACCAUUCAAGGGGGAGUGUUGAAAUAUAUUGAAUUAGUCAUCUUCCAACUAUUCCUGAUUAGGAAUACUUAUCACCAUUGUAUAAAUAAUUAGGAAAUCAUAAUUAUGAUUCUAGAUGAUAAUUGUGUGGUUCACAAUUAUCCUCUAAUCCUAAUAAGCUUAGCUUUUCUCCUAUAAAUAGGAGUCUUCUCCAUUGUAAUCAACACACCCUCAUUACACCAUUAUCAACUCUCUAAUACACCUCUAUCACUAAGUGUUCUACUAUACUUUCUCUCCCUGAUCUUCUGCUCAUUUCCUUCCAUAUUAUAACAAAAAUAGAAUUUUUGAACUCCUAAUUUCUUACAUUGGUGACUAGUUGAGGGUAUUAAAAAUGGAAAGGGGAGGGGAGAGUCUCAAAUAUAGAAGAUGAAUUGAGCCAACAAGAGGAAAUAAGUGAGAGAGGCUGCGCAGCUGGCCAACAGUGGCCAAGAGGGACGUACUGUUCUUUUAAAUGAAGUUGACUUCAUCUUAUACAAAAAAAAAACCUUUUCAUUUAAAGAAUGUAUUUUAUUGACGGUGCUGGAAUGCAGAGAAAUAGGAGUCAGAACACUAUUUUCAUAUGGAUGAAGUCCAUUUUUGACAUCUGGACUCUCACAAGUCACACCACUCCAAAUGAUCUUAGGUAAUUCCUAGUUUGAGUUUAUCUGGCUUAACACUGUUAUCAAUCCAUUUUUUUACCAAAUAAAAUAUAUUUUAAAUAUAAUUUCUAUAUAAUGCAAUACAUUUAGCCAGUAUUUAAUCAAUUUUAGCAGAUUCAAUCGAUUGAGUCAAAUCCAG